AAGAGCCUCGCCUCACUCCAUCCAAAUCUCGUCUCCACUCGCCGAAGCUAGCUGGUUCUGGGGUCUGCAAAUUCUAACGCAUCAUGUCUUGGUUGCCGCCUGAGCGAGCGAGGCUGCACAUAGCCAUGCUAGUCUUCCUGCUCGGCUAUGGCGGAAACCAUGUCAUCAUGCGACUCGCCCUCAACAUGCGUGUAAGCAAACUGGUUUUCCCGCUUUACAGGAACACCAUAGCUUUCGCUGUCCUAGCUCCCUCUGCUUAUUUCCUAGAGAAGAAAGACAGACCGCCAUUAACCAUCUCGUUUCUGAUACAGUUCUUCCUUCUGGGAUUAGUCGGAAUAACAUUGAAUCAAGGUUUUUACAUAUUUGGAUUAGAUAAUUCCACGCCCACAUUUGCUUCAGCCACAGAGAAUGCUGUCCCAGCCGUGUCUUUCAUCAUGGCUGUGUUGCUAGGAAUAGAAGAGCUGAACUUAAGAAGAAAAGAUGGUGUAGCUAAGGUCUUGGGGACCAUUGUAUCUGUCAAUGGAGCUUUGCUUAUAACUCUUUACAAAGGUCCAGUUAUUUAUGGUCCAAGUUCAGGAUCAAAACUAUCACUGUUAGUGUUUCCAUUAGGAAAUGCUGAGGGGAAGAAUUGGACCUUGGGCUGCCUAUGUCUUAUGGGUCAUUGCUUGUGUUGGUCUUGCUGGAUUGUGUUGCAGGCACCUCUCUUGAAGAAAUACCCAGCUCGAUUCUCCUUCAUAUCCUAUUCCUGCUUCUUUGCUGUUUUUCAGUUUCUGGGAAUUGCAGCUUACUUUGAGAGAGAUUUUCAGGCAUGGCAGAUCCAAUCUGCAACCGAACUGUUCACUCUUCUCUACGCGGGUUUAGUGGCAUCAGCAAUGGUGUUUGCAAUACAGAUAUGGGUUGUGGACAGGGCAGGGCCAUUGUUUGUUUUAGCAUACUUACCUCUACAAACCUUAGUUGCUGCUAUAAUGGCUACCAUUACUUUAGGUGAAGAGUUCUACUUGGGAGGGAUUAUUGGAGCAGUAUUAAUAAUAGCAGGAUUGUAUCUGGUUGUUCUGGGAAAAAAUGCAGAAAUCAAUUAUGCUUCAGGGAACACCAUGAUUAACUCAGUUUUGGAAGACUGUGAAGCAAAUGGUUCUGGCCUUAAAUCAUCCUCCAUUGCAGAACCACUGCUUCCCACCUCCAGCUGAUGACCAAAAUGUUAAGAAGCUCCAAGUUGAUGCUCUUCGACUUUUUUGCAUCUACUGAUUGACAUUACCAGAUUAGUAGUGGCUAAUUGCUACUUACCACUACAUUAUAGAGAUCGAUAAACUCUGUACUUACUCGGUUUAUGGGUAAGUACCGUGAUUUGGUCUUCACUAACUGUUAAAUUCUAAAUAACAGCCUUUGAGGUCUGUAUAAGAAGAAUCUGAAGGUGACAGAAGGCCGGAUCAUGAUAAUGUAUCUACAGAUGUAGGAGAUUGGAAAUUGAAAUGCAAGGAUCAUUGUCAGCA